CGAUGAUCGUCCAGUUUCGAUUCGUUAUUCAAAGCGAUCACAUCGGAUUUUAGUCGUUCUGAACUGAGGCACACACAGUUCAAAGUGGCAUUCUCAAAUGUUCGCCCAUUUUGCAAUCUAUUGGGUUGAAUAUUCUUAAGCGCACUUUUAUGUUUACGUUAACAACAGAAAAAAAUAUAACAUCAUCGAAAUUAGAAGAGAAAAAAUAAUAUCAAACAAAUUCAAUGUGUUCAACAUUAAAUCCAAUCAAAUUCUUUAACGCAACAACAACAACGCUAUCUAAAGCAGAAGCACAAAGGUAAAACAAACGGCAACCGCUACGCACAGCGACGGAUACAACAAACGACGCAACAUUUCUACUAUAUAGUACGGGGUGCGUUUAACACGAGUUAAUAAAUAAAAAAAAGAACGAAUCGCUCAUAGUCUUUUUUCCGCUGUGAAGAAAAAACAUAUAUAGCACAAGAGUCCAGUGCAUCAGAAUACGAACCAGAAAAAUUAGCACGAGACGCACAUUUUUUUGAAAAAAAAAAACCAAGAUUUUUACGUGUGAUUAAAAUAAGUGUCACAGCACAAUGUUUGAUGUAUUCGGCUCAGUAAAGGGGCUAUUGAAGCUCGACCAAGUAUGCAUCGACAAUAACAUAUUUCGACUGCAUUACAAAGCAACAGUUAUCGUUUUGAUAGCAUUUUCGUUGCUGGUAACAUCGCGUCAAUAUAUUGGCGACCCCAUCGACUGUAUCGUGGAUGAAAUUCCACUUGGAGUGAUGGACACCUAUUGUUGGAUUUAUAGUACAUUUACGAUACCGAAUCGAAUGAUUGGAGUUGCUGGCCGUGACAUGGUGCAGCCGGGUGUUGUGAGUCACGUUGAAGGCAGCGACGAGGUCAAAUACCACAAGUACUACCAAUGGGUGUGCUUUGCGCUAUUUUUCCAAGCCAUGUUAUUUUAUGUGCCACGUUAUCUGUGGAAAACAUGGGAAGGUGGUCGCAUUAAAAUGCUUGUGCUUGAUUUGAAUAUGCCAAUUGUAAACGAAGAAUGCAAAGAUGAUCGAAAGAAAAUUCUCAUCAGUUAUUUCCAAGAGAAUUUGCGACGACACAAUUUCUAUGCAUUUCGAUUCUUCAUUUGUGAAGCGCUCAAUUUCGUCAACGUCAUUGGUCAAAUCUAUUUUAUGGAUUACUUUUUGGAUGGAGAAUUCACAUCGUACGGCAGUGAUGUGCUACGUUUCACCGAAUUGGAACCGGAAAUGCGAGGCGAUCCAAUGUCACGGGUUUUCCCGAAAGUAACAAAAUGCACAUUCCACAAAUAUGGUCCAUCCGGUAGUGUUCAAAAAUUCGAUGGCUUAUGCGUGUUACCGCUGAACAUUGUCAACGAGAAGAUCUACGUAUUUUUAUGGUUUUGGUUUAUUAUUUUGAGUAUUUUGAGCGCAUUCUCAUUGGUAUAUCGUGCUUUGGUGUUGUUUGCGCCAAAAGUACGAUUGUAUUUGUUGCGUGCACGAACACGGCUCUCAUCGCAUCAGGACAUCGAGCAUAUAUCCAACAAAUGCCAAAUCGGCGAUUGGUUCAUACUCUAUCAAUUAAGUAAAAAUAUUGAUCCAUUAAUAUUCAAGGAGAUCAUGACAGAGUUAGCUAUGAAAUUGAACGGAAAACAUGACGUCUGAUCAAUCGCCGCACAUUCGUCACACACAAAUCAAUUGACAAUCGAUGCUGUUCCUAGUUUUCUCGGACCAAUGUGUAUGACAGCAUGUACACAGCAACAACCUCUACUCACAUUUCAAUCGUGACCAUAACAAAAACCCUAAUCGAGACUAAACAAACGCAUUUGCAUUAUCAAUAAAAAACAAAACAAUACGCAUAGAUAGAGAGCAUGCAAACAAAAACAACAAAUUUAAUACACGAAAAAAAACCGAUGAUUCUAUAAUGAAAAUACCGAAACAUAAAAUCAAGAGAUUUCCACAAAAAAAGUAAUAUCCCAAUUUCAUCGAAAUAUUUCUUAUAAUUUCCCUCUUUUCCUCAUCAAAUUGAGCAACGUCUAGUUGACACAAUAAGCGAUAUACAUUUAUAUAUAUAUAUGUCGAAACAAUAUUGAUUUAAUUAGGUAUUAGUAAAUGAAUUUAUAUAUAAAUAUUAGUUCAUCAUCAGCUGCUGGCUGCCCAUCGAAAAAGUAAAAUUUUCCAUAAUGGAUUUAAUUCUAUUUCGUAUGAUUAGCAUUUAACUCCUUCUUAUUUCACGUCAUUGUAGAUUUUCUCUGUUUUUUAUUUUAAAAUCGUUUCAAAACAAAAUAUAACUACUUUGCAAAUUUGUGAACAAAAAAAAAUCAAUAGUUCAAGUUUAAACACUGUUUUGCUCAUAAAAUAGCGGCAUCUUAAAAGAAUGUAACACAUAAACGCAAAAAUUUUACAUAAGAGACAAACAAAAGACAAAAUCAUUCCAUUGUUGAAAGAAAGAAAGAAAGAAAGAAAGAAAACACAUACACACACAUACAAAUAUAAAACAAAUAACAAAUGCGAGGACUUUGCAAUUGAUACAAAAAAUCUUGAUGAUUUCAUACGAUUUAGGUAAUAAUUUGUAAACUAUUGAUAUAUUUUUAUAAAAAGAAAUUAAUCGGUCGAAAUUAGAUCUUAGAAACAAAACAAAACUAAAAAAAAAGAAAUGCAAAUCAGUGCAACGUUUAACAAGUUUUUUUACUUUGUAUUUUUUCGAGCAAAACAAAAACGAAAUUCUUUACCUACUUAUUAAUGAUUUUCGACUUUUUAUAGUAUUUUGAGAUCGUAAAAAUUUAGAUUUUAGACUUUAAGAAGAGAAACAUACGAGUAGAAACAAAAAAAUGAAAAUGUGUGUAGUGUAUUUGCUACAUUUAAUUUAUUUUAGAGAUGAAAUACUGAGCGAAAACUUUUUCCUCAAACUGAUAUAAAAAGAAGUGUUAAUAAAAAUCGAAAAAAUAUUUGAAAAAAAAAGUGAAAACGACAUUUUUGACCAUUUUUUUUUUGUUUGCAAAAUUUUAAAUCUUUCUUUUUCUUUCAUUUUUUGGCAUUCAAAACCAAUUUAUUUAAAACAGAAUUGGCUUCCAUUGGCCACAUCGUUCCAUUUGCUUAUGUUCUAGAAAUUUGGAAUUUCAUGUGGAUUUUAUCACAUGUUCAAAGCGUUAACGGUCCCUGGAUCAAAACGAAUAUAAAAUGUGCAUUAUUCAUAUAAAAUCUUAAGGAAUUGCAAAAGCCAUAGAAAGACGUUAUGCAAGAAUGAAAGAUGUUGUUUGAGACGAAAUUGAUGAAGCAUUUUUAAAAGAAGUAAAAAAUAUCGAUAUGAAAUAAUAAACAAUAAUAAAUCGAGCAAUAUUUACAAAUUAUGUCUUAUUAUACAAUUUCAAAUAUAUACAAAUAAAAAAAUACAGAGACAUUUUUAUAUAGAGAAACAAAAUGGGAUUUUAAAUGCGCUGUUUUAAAUUGAUAAAUGCAUAAUUUCUCUUCUGGAUUAAGACCGUUCGGCUAUGUUUUUUUUUCUAUAUCGAAAUACUUGCUUUAAUGUAAUGAUGAUAUAGAAGAAGAGAUUUGCUUCGAAUUGAAUAGAAAUUUGAUAAAAUUUUGGAGAUAAAAUUGUCCUAACCAUGAUAAAUGCUUGAAAAUGUUGUCGAGAAUGAGCGAUAAAGAAAAGUAAAUAGAAAUGUGUAUUCUUACUCAUGUUUGUACUAUUUGGGUUUGACAUGUGAAAUGUGGAUAUAUGAAAAGACUUAUUAGAUCUUAUGAAAAAAAAAUUCAAAUCAUGAUUAAAGCGAAAGGUAAAAACGUAUAUGAUAAAA